AUGUCUGCCACCGACCCCGGAUUCAUCGCAGCGCUUGCUGAAGCGCAACAAAGCUUUGACGCAGGGGGCAUCCCGGUCGGUGGUGCUGUUGUGAGCCCCAGCGGAGAGCUUCUCGGCAGGGGCCACAACCGGCGCGUGCAAGAGGGGAGCCUGAUCUUGCAUGGCGAGACGGCCGCUUUCGAAAAUGCCAAGCAUCUUCCCAUCAGCGCCUUCAAGGAUUCCACAAUCUACACAACUCUGUCGCCUUGCCCCAUGUGCGCUGGAGCCAUGGUGUUUUUUGGGGUCAGAAAAGUUGUUAUUGGCGAAAACAAGAACAUGGCUGGCAGGGAGGGCUAUCUACGUUCACACGGGAUCGAGGUUGUAGUGCUGGGGGAUGAGAGGUGUGAAAGGCUCUUGGAUGAUUUCAUCCGCAACAAGCCUGACAUUUGGAAUAGUGGCGUGGCCUCCUAA